UUUACCAUUAUUCAUUAUUUAUUUUUUAGAUUUUUGUUUAUUUCGUUGAAAUUUGUUUUAAUUUUUAAUUCUGUUCAAUUUGAAAUUAAUCAUAAAUAAUUAUUUUAUAAACUUUGUAGUCUAAGAUGGAUUCGGUUAUUUUAUCUGGUCCUUCUGGGUGUAAAAUACGUAGAAAGUACCCUUUUCCUUCUUUCAACCAAAAUUUACCUGAAGAUUGCUCAACUAGCUUUUACAAUAAUGACCCAGCUUUACGCAAUAAUGAACUUAAUGGUGUCGAAGAUGAGGAAAUUGACCCUUACUUGAUCUGGCGCAGAAAUGCUCCAUUUUUAUAUGACGCUGUGUCUCUUUAUAACCUAGACUGGCCUUCCUUAGUUGUUGAAUUUAUGACUGACACUUUCAAGAUUAAGAACGGCUCAGUCACUCAACGACUACUUCUGGGCACACACACUUCGGGUUCUGACACUGAAUUUGCUAUGGUUGCGGAACUCAAAUCUAAUGUCUACACUAUGAAAGAGUGUUUAAAUACCUGCGAGAAUUUCAAUCAAUUUAAGGCAGUCCCAUCUAGUUCUUCUGUUAGUUCAAACACCAACUCUGCCAGUCAGGGCAUAUUGGACAUAAAAGCUAAAAUAGUGCAUGAAGGAGAGAUAAACCGCAUCUCUCAAGUCCCGGGAGCUCAUUUUCUCUUUGUAACUCAGAGCAAUAAUGGAACUUUAUACCUGUUUGACUACUCAAAGCAUCCUUCAAACCCCAGAGACCUCAAAGUUUCCAUUCCUCAAAUGGUACUCCAGGGUGGCCACUCGUCUGAAGGUUAUGGUUUAGCUUGGAACUCUACUAAUAAACUUGUUUCCUGUGCUUCUGAUGGAACCAUUGCUCUUUGGGAUUUAAACUCCAAACCUCAUUCUACUACUAACGGUUUAAGUGGUGUUCUUGACGGUAUUGGAACAAUAUCUCCAAUUUCCACUUAUAACACCACUCAUACUAGUCAUAAUUCUGAUGAUAAUGUAGGACUUAAUGACAUUGAGUUCAUUAAUGAUAAUGUAGUGCUAAUUGCUUCCGAUGAUACUAAUGUACAUCUCAUGGAUCUUCGCACUAAUUCAACCAACUCCACCAGUUCUUCAAAUUCUACAAAUUCUAACACUAAAUUUUCAAUUGGCUCCAGUGUUAAUUGCUUAAGCUUGAAUAAGUUUGACAACAAUUACUUUGUUUGUGGCUGUGAUAAUGGUAAGAUAUCACUGUUUGACACCAGGAUGGGUAAGCACCUUUUAGUUAUCGAUCACCAUAAAGAUUCCGUUAAUCAAAUUGAAUUUAACAGUUCAUGUUGUGGCUUAUUUGCUACCUGUUCUAAUGAUUCCUCCGUUUGUAUUUUUGACCUUGCUUGCAAGGGCGAUGAACUUCGCUUCGUUCACCAGGGUCACAAGGACCAGGUCAAUGACAUUUCCUGGACUAAACUUGACUAUUAUCAGAGCGCUCACCUAGGUUUCACCAUCGCCUCAGUUUCUCAGGACAAUCUACUUCAAUGUUUCACUCCAAAUUAUUUUUCUCUUUAAUUUGUUAUAUAUAUA